GGCCGCUUUGAACCGCGGUAGAUGAAUCAGCAUGGCAGCGCCCGCACUUGCGCUCCUGAAGAAUGCUGAUGGUUAUGAAGAUGUGGCUGCCAGGGUAAAGCCUUCUGCCGAAGCUGCAUGGGACAUCCCGAGUGGCAGCCUUGUCGAGCUUGUGGAGGACUGGGUCGAGUGUGAGUCUGGCAAGCUCCGAGGCUUUAUCAAAGGCAAGAACUUGCCGGCGGUUGCAUCAAGCAACCCUGGGGACUGGUUGGAGGUGCGUGACAGCUAUGCAGGCAACACAGAAACCUGCAUGCGCCGUCAUGCAGAGCAAGAUGCCUCCAAAGGCAACGUGGUGUGCUUCGUCCCAAAUGGGGCGAAAGCUGUUAAGCUUGUGGAAAGAUGGGUUGAGUGCAGGUGGCGUGGUCACAAAAACUUUGUGAAGGCAAGGCAUGUGAAGCCUGCUCCAGCUGGGGCGACAUUGGAGACCGAUGAUACCUUGGGUGCUGCGGCGAAAGGACGAGGAAGCCCAGGCAAAGCCAGGGGUGCGCCGGGACCAAGUCUGAGCGAAUCACCAGCCAAGAAGCUGAAGACAGGUGAUGCUCCGCGGCCGCCAUGUAAGUAUGGUGCUGGGUGCUAUCAGAAAAAUCCGGUUCACCGAGCAAAGUUUUCUCACCCGGGUGACCCUGACUUUGGUGGAGACGGAGGUGCAACAUCUUCGUCCUCCUCGAAGGGGCCGGUGCAUCACCCUAGUGCCGAAGCGGCCGCCGUGGCCUCCUCUGGGAAGCUGGAGGAGAAGGAGGCGAAAGAGACGUCAAAAGAUGCAGAGAUGGUACCAGUGGAGGGGGAUGACAAGCCUGAGAAGCCUGAAGUGCUGGAGAAGGCUGCAGAAGCGCCGGCAGCGCCUGAAGCCGAAGACGGUGUGCCUGAGGCGGAUGUGGCCAUGCCGGCGGCGCCGGCCCCUGCUGCGCCGGCCCCCACUGCACCGGCGGCCCCAGCUGCGCCGGCGGCCCCAGCUGCGCCACCGGUGCCAGCGCCAGCAGGUGCUGCUGGUGCGGCAGAGCCUGCAGCACAUGCAGAAUGUCGAGAUUGUGACUGUUGCUUUGACAACGUCCCAACAACCGAUGGAAUUGGCUGCCCUUCGGGCGAGCACUUCUUUUGCAAGGGCUGCAUGGCCAAUUUCCUGGUCGCGUUCAAGACUGCAGACUAUGCAGAUCAAAAGAAGGCCAAAGGAAGGGCUCUAUGUCCGAUGAAGGACUCCGAGACUCCCUUUGGUGAUUCGGUGCUCGCCGCGGUGGUGCCUCAGGACGUCUUCGACGAGUAUCUGCAAAUUCGCAUCAAGGUGGCCGAGCAAAGCAUCCAGGAGCACUUUGAAAAGGAAAACAGCGCCAAAAUCGAUGAGCUCAAGGAGAAGCUGGCGAAAGCUACCGGCAGCAGCGAGCAACUGGAGCUGGACAAGCACCGGCUCAAGGUCAUAGACGAGAUCUUCACUCUGAAAUGCCCGAGGUGUGCGAUGGCCUUUCUGGAUUACGACAACUGUAGUGCUAUCACAUGCGCUGCCUGCAAGUGCGGCUUCUGCUCCUACUGCUUGGAGGAUUGCGGAAAGGAUGCCCAUCAGCAUUUCUACAAGAACGGCAGCAAGUGUCCACAUGAAGGUUGCUGCUGGGCUGGUGGUGGGUUGCUGGUGGGGUGGCUGCUGCUGCUGCUGCUGCGGCGUGGCCCACUCUUCAUCGCGUACAAUCUGUGGCAAGAGUACCAAAACCGACGCAAGGAGCGUCUAUUGUGUGAGUUCCUUGCGAGCCUGCCGGAGGACACCCGCAAGAAGGUGGCCGACUUGAUAUCUCCAGAUGCAAAGGAUCUGGGGAUUGAGGUGCCCGAGGAUUUGACUGCGGCCAGUUUGGUGCCGGAGGCUCAUGGCAUUCAACGUCUCAAAAUCUCUGUGCCACAGAGGCUCCGGCGCCGCUUACUGGAGCUGAAGAAAGACUGUCCCACUACAGUGGAGCUCAAGAUUCCUGACCCGAAGGAGAAGGUUUGCGUGGGCGGCAUUGGCUUCGGGGCAAUUAUGGCGUUCAAGGCGCUUGGCACAGUGAUGGUAGGUGGAAAGAAGAACUUGGCUGCUCACCUACCUGCAAACCAUCCAGUCAAGAUCGAAGAUGAGUGGGUUUGUUGCAGAGGUGGGAAGAAGAGUGCCAUUCCUGGACAAGGUUUCAUCAAAGCGCGGCAUGUGACCGGACCUCUGACGCCAGGGAAGAAGGCCACCCUCUUGGAAGCCAAUGGGCAUGGCAGCGUCAUGGUUCGGAAGAAUGCCGUGCAGGAUGAAGGGAAGAAUGCCCUGGGCUUCCUGGAUGACGGAAUGCAGGUCGAGGUGAUGACCCACUGGUUCGAGUGCAGUUGGGAAGGAGCAGGACCAUCCAAGCGCGGUUUCAUUCAGGCUCAAUGCAUCCCGGAGAACGACGUUAGCCUAAAGGGCCCCACGGAGGACUGUUCUGCUGCUUUGACCAUGCUCCAGGAGAAGUUGGGCAUUGAAAUUGAAACCUUUUCAUUAGGUGGUGGAAAGCCCAAAGCAAAAGCGAAGGCCAAAGCGAAAGGAAAAGCCAAAGCAAAAGCGUAGGCUCCUUGCCAGGAGAAAA